AUGUCGGAAUUGGAGACGGUUAACUUAUUAACGGUUAAAAUAGUUAAUUUUAACUACGAUCGGCCAAAAAAUAGCGAAAACUAUUUUAGAAGUUUGGCACUAGGUGAGUUGAAAAGUAAUGAAAGAAAAGAUGAGAAUAUCGCCAUUUUAUGA